AGGAUCACCGACGAUCACCCAGCAUCGUUGAAACCUUCAGCUGAUUCCGGAAAAACAGUCCAGGACUUAAGAAUUUUACGAUCGUACGAAAUGGAGGUUCUUAAUUUAUUCACAAUGUUGGGAACAAUCCAUGGUCUGCUGGUAGUGAGUGCCAUUCUCAGCCUGGCAAAUGGAUCUGGACAUUCCACAAAGCCAAACAUAGUUAUAAUACUAAUCGAUGAUAUGGGUAUGAACGAUGUGAGCUUCCAUGGCUCAAACCAGAUCCUUACACCCAAUAUCGAUGCCCUGGCCUACAAUGGCAUUCUCCUCAAUAAGCAUUAUGUCCCGAAUUUGUGCACUCCGUCAAGGGCCACUCUCCUAACCGGAAAAUAUCCCAUACACACGGGAAUGCAGCACUUUGUGAUUAUAACCGAUGAGCCCUGGAGUCUUCCGCAGCGAGAACGUCUGAUGCCGGAACUUUUCCGGGAGGCGGGUUAUUCGACCCAUUUGGUGGGCAAGUGGCACCUGGGAUUCUGGCGAAAGGAUCUCACGCCGACAAUGCGAGGAUUUGACCACCAUUUUGGCUAUUACAAUGGGUACAUUGACUACUACGACCACGAGGUUAGAAUGCUGGACAGGAACUAUUCAGCAGGACUGGAUUUUCGACGGGAUCUGGAGCCCUGUCCCGAAGCAAACGGAACUUACGCCACGGAAGCCUUUACUUCGGAGGCCAAACGAAUCAUUGAGCAGCAUGAUAAGAGCAAGCCGUUGUUCAUGGUGCUCAGUCACUUGGCCGUCCACACAGGAAACGAGGAUAAUCCGAUGCAGGCUCCUGAGGAGGAGGUGGCCAAAUUUCCACACAUCAAGGAUCCCAAGCGGCGCACCUACGCUGGUAUGAUUUCAAGUCUGGACAAGAGUGUGGCUCAGACAAUUGGUGCCUUGAAGGAUAAUGGCAUGCUGAAUAACAGCAUUAUAUUACUCUACUCAGACAAUGGAGCACCAACCGUGGGCAUUCAUUCCAAUGCUGGGUCUAACUUUCCUUAUCGCGGGCAAAAGGAAUCUCCCUGGGAGGGUGGCAUUCGAUCCGCAGGAGCUUUGUGGAGUCCGCUGCUCAAGGAGCAAGGAUAUGUGUCCAAUCAGGCGAUCCACGCCAUUGAUUGGUUGCCCACACUGGCUGGAGCUGCUGGCGUCUCCUUGCCACAGGAUCUUCAGCUGGAUGGGAUCAAUCUCUGGCCUUCGCUGAGUGGCAAUGAGGAACCGAAGCCCAGAACAAUGAUUCAUGUGCUGGAUGAUGUCUUCGGUUACUCAUCGUACAUGAGGGAUUCCCUAAAGUACGUAAACGGAAGUAGCUUCAAUGGUCAAUACGAUCAGUGGUUGGGUGAAUUGGAAUCCAACGAAGACGACCCAUUGAGCGAGAAGUACGGACAGCAUGUCCUGGCAUCGGAAGUUCAACGUAUCUUGGGAAAUCGGGGAUUAACCGAGGAUCGCAUCCGUCAGAUGCGAAGCGAAGCCACUCAGGAGUGUCCCCUUGUGGAGGGGCAGGAUCCCCAGGAUCCGAAAUUCAUAUGUGAUCCCCUUAAAGCCCACUGCUUUUUCGAUCUGGCAAAAGAUCCCUGCGAGCGCUUCAAUUUAGCCACACUUUAUCCACGCCAAUUGCAGGAACUCGCCGAUGAGGUGGAGCAAAUCCGGAGAACUGCGAUUCCCAGCGCCCGAGUUCCCAUUUCGGAUUCGAGGGCUGAUCCAGCUUAUCACAAUGGAAAUUGGGAGUGGUGGAAUAAUACGGAAACGGGUUCAAGUGCCGGCACUUGUUCGCUACACUUAUUGACUAUGAUAUUAAGUAUUAUAGGGUUAGUAUAUCGUUAUUGUUUCGAGUAGUUAAUUCAGAUUAGUUUAGCUUUGAAUAAAGUACAAUUUUUUAAAAUAUUUCAAUGUAAUAUUUUGAUUUGGUUUGUUUAUAAUAUACAUAUAUAAUUGUUUCAUCAAGGCCGGGUUUUCUCGAUAAUUUUCAUUCAUGGAAUAUGAUAAAUUUUAAAAAGUUUCUGGGUGUACCAAAAGUAUUUUAAUAUACAAAAGAUAUUUUUAUGAUAUGUUCAAAAAAUAUUUUAAUAAUAUUUUAACUUGAAUCUUCAGACAAACAUUUU